AAUAAUUACCUAUGUGCAGUAGCUAGCUCAACAAAAAGCUAGUCACUGGCGGCCGACAGGUAGCAUGCGCUAAACUCACUUUUAUUUGAUGAACGGGUGUUGAUGCGCUGCAGAGUCUGUUUCUUUUUUGUCCCUGCCGAGUUUCCGUAGAAGAUUUGUUUUGGUGUAUGAGGAAGAAGCCUUCAAGUUAGCUCGGUGGCUAAUUUUAAUGCGACUUUAUUCGCAUUUAACAUUACAAAUAAGUGGGAGUGUUUGUAUAAUCGCUGGCAGUUAAAAGUACCAAACUUAACUCAGUGUGUGCAUCUGAAGCUGCGGAUUGCUGGCUGCAACUUUUGUAUUUUUAUGAUAUGAUGGUGUAAGCUCGCUAACCUCAAGUAGCUAAGUUACAAGCUGCAGCAUGAAAUCCAUAAUAAUGAGGCAUUGUGUUCUUCAUGGACCCAGUGGAUCAUGUCUCUGAUCCUGUUUGCCUUCGUGGUUCGAGUCAGGGAUGGACUCCCCCUGUCGGCCUCCACUGACUUUGAACACAACCGAGAGCUCCAGGAGAGGAAACAGCAGCUCAGGACCAUCAGCAAGGCUCUGCCCUGUUUCCCUGACAGAGGGAGCAUCAAGGGCCAGGAGCUCAACAUAUACUUCGUCUGUUCGGAGGGUGUUUCCUACAUGACCGUGUGCCACUGCAGCCUCCCUGUUGCUAAGGCCUUCUGCUUCCUGGAAGAUCUGCGCUGGGAGUUCACAGCAUGCUUCAAUAGCACUGUUGUUGCCUUGGCAGCCCGGCCGUAUCCAUUUUUGGAAUUUGAUGGCACCAUUCAGAAGCUGAAGCAGCAGUACAACCAGAGUGGGGGUCCGGCCCUGGAGGUGACAUUGGCAGAGGUCCAGGAGGAUCUGAGGAUUAAACCGCCACAAGUAAUUAACUUAGAGGAAGUGGAUCUCACUAACGGCAUUGCAAACGGGCAUAUCGAUCAAGGUCCUGGAUCAGGUCAGAAUGUAAGACUUGAACCUGUGACGGCACCAGGCAUCCUCUCUCUGGUCCUGAAUAUCAUGUGUGCAUCUUUAAACAUAAUUCGAGGUGUUCACCUCAUCGAGUAUACAUUCCAGGAUGAUUAUGACGGUAUUUGGAAUGUUGUCGCGUUUCUUCUGGCGUUUAUCUGCUGCGUGUUUCAGUGCCACCUCUACCUGUUCCACUCAUCUCGAAAGAAGCCGAAGUGCUUCACUCUGUUGAGUAUCAUCUUCCUAUGCAACCUCUACCUGUUUGGCCUGAGGAACGCCUGGCAGCUGAUCUUCCACAUUUCAGUCGCCUCACUCUCCACCUUCCUCAUCCUCACCCGCAAACUCCAGGACAGAUCCGGCGACUGUGGAGUCUGAGGAGCAGAGGACACUCGAUGGUGUUGCUCCUCUCACGGCUUGUUGUGUCUCCAGUGUUAAUGCAGGUGAGAACACGAGGGGAGAGCAAACAGUUUGAUUCUCAUCAUUUACAAGGAUGUUUCAUGGAUUUUCAACAACAAAUUCUCAUGAACUUUUUUCUGAGAACAAGUUCAAAUGUCUUGUAUACAGUAUGUACUUGCACUUUGUGAACAUUGGUUGUGGAUGCAGUGAAAUGUAGUACUCACUGGAUCCUUUUAAAUGAUCUUCUCUUAAAAUUGGGAGACUAACAGAAAAGCUUAAAGGAGAUGUCUGUGUUAGAAACAUGAUGUCAAUCUCAGUCAGUGCCACCUGCUCCCAGAACGUUUUUGAAAAAACAAUGAAGGACUUUUUUCAGUCGCUCUUAUUUUUCAUAGAAACGAUAAUUCUGUCUCAGCCAUAACUUUUGUAUCACUUCAUGCUUUUAUAAUUAAGAUGCAUUUCUGCUCACUGUCACGUUAAUGCAGCAUUGAUCUAACUGAACAUUGAAAACAGGCACACAUGACUAGAGCCCGACCGAUUAAUAGCUUAUCCAGAGACUAUUGGCUGACUGUUAUUAUUAGAUUUAGUCACCAGUCAAAAAAGCAUUUAAAUUAACUGUUGUUGUAUUUCACUAGUAGGUCUCUUUCUGGCUGUCACCAGCAGAGGGUGCUAUACGGAUUAUAACUAGCAUUAUCACCCCCCAGAGUGUUUGAUAACUGCAUUUGGGGGAUCAACGCAAUAAAUGUAUUUGUCUUCAUCUGUCUGUCUCUACAGAUCGAUCAAACAGUAUAUCUAAAAAAUAUUGAUAAGAUUGAUAUCGGCACUAAAAAUCUCAUAUCGGUCGGGCCCUGCUACGGACAGGCAGGUCUUCCGUCCCACACUGGUGGCCAUUUGAUACUUUAAUUAUUUAGAGUAGUUUGAAAUCUUUGACAGUCAAAUCAAGUGAACAAUGUAGCUGCUUUUCAUUUGUACAUAGCGUAGUAAAAACAUAAUGCAGAGGUGUGUUUGUAAAGCUGUGGGUUGUUUCAUGCCUUACUGUGUUGACUUCUAUACACCGGAAAGUGCUCGGCUAGUCUUUGCAAAGGUGCACAUGUAAGGGCUCUGUUAUUUCAAUCACAUUGAGGGAAAUAAUAGUCAUGUUAGGCAUGAUGGACGUGCAUAUUUUACAUGAUUUUCACCUUGUGAUCAAAGCAGAGUCGUAUCAAAUCCACUCCAAUUUCAAACCAAUUUUUUUUUGUAUGAAAAAGGUAAAUGUAGAUGUUGAAGUAGGUCCGGUUUAGGUUUUUCUCCUGACCUCAGCAUUGUUAGAACGAACGCUUCGGGGGAAGAAAUGAAAACACUUGUUUCAUGGGUAAAUGUUUUACUGCACUAAAGCGGUGGUUAAAUUAUUUUUUUUGUGGUGACAAUUGUUUUUGAAUGUGUCGCAGAUCAGGUUCAGUUAAAACAAUAUUUAUUUUGCGGGUUUUGUUAACUUUGUUUUUUUUGUCUCCUUCGUUGGGGUUUAAAUAUCGCUCUGUAAUUUUUGUCAUCAGAUUCUUCUUGACAUAGAAAUCAUGUGGUCUGAAUCUGUGUUUGAAUAUAGAACACCAAACUGUAGUGCUGCUAAAUAAAUAGAUUAGUUUGAGUCUUCUUUUAGUUGAAUUAGUUUAAUUUGUGGGUUUUUUUUGCACUGAUGAUGGUUAAGUAAAGAAAGUCUGUUUUUAGCAUCAGUUUUGAAGGAAUGCAAUCCCAAAGUCCUUAACUGUGGUAAUUAGUGCCGUCAGCAUUAACUAGUUAAUCACAAUUAAUGAAGGUCUCAAAUUCAUGCAUUUAUUUUUUUAAUUGCGAUUAAUUGUAUUUUGUCCCUUUAGGCGCACGGUGGAUAGCCUGUGCAGUGUCUCCCUGUAGUCACAGAGAUGGAAAAUAAUAUCUCUGCUGCACCUUUGAAUGUCUCAUUUCACUUUAAAAUCUCCAACACUCCUCAGUAGACGAGCCAAAAGUAAUAUCCAAACGUUGGCCUUUUUUUUUUUUACCGUUCCUUGGAACUGUUUUCAUUUCGUUUUUGAUCAGUGAAGAGUUUCUUUUUCUGUUAAGUUAAUGUUGUAACCUUCAAUCUACCAGCAGCUCCUUACUUGAUUUCAAAAUAAAAGCACGGUUUAAUUCAAAUGGCAAGUACUUUCAGCUUAAGACGGUACAAAAAUUCAAAAUAAAAGCCGAACAAUUUUUACAUUUCAAUGCAAAAUAGUGGAAUUUCAAAACAUGCGAUAAUUCACAAUUAAGGAUUGAAAUUAAAUCCUGAAAAAUGUAAUUGUUGACAGCCCUGGUAGUCAUGGAACUGUAUAAUGAAGUCACUUUUAGCUUUUAGUUUACAAAGAGUGAAGAAACUGAUGUUUGACAAAUAAAACGUAGUUAAGCUGCAUAAAAGAUAGAGUCUCUAAAUGAUACAGUCGAGUUUUAGUUACCUUGUCGGUUGUGCUGUCUAUUUGCUCUACACUAAAGUGAACAGCCUUGUUCUGCUGUGUGUUAGCAUAAGAAUGAGGAGUAAACUCACUUCAAGAGCUUUUCUUCAACAGGGUCGACUUACAGACAUUUUGAAUACAAUCAGUAAAGAAAAGUAUUUUCUGUGUCAGACGUUGGUGAUGCUUGUAUAUUUUUGAUACAGAGGACUAACUCACUAUUUACACUGUUCACUACAGGUUGUUGACCAAAUCGAUUGUACAAUAAUGUUGCCAACAACGGUCUGAAAGUGUAGAUCCAAAUAAAUGGAGGUUAUUUGAAAUUAAAAAUGAAGGAUUAUUAUGUGUAUGUGCAGGUUUACAACACAGGAGAAAUAAAAUGUACAACUGAAACAUGAUCGACCUGAUGAAUAGGACAUGUUUAAUACAAAACAAAGUGGGCAUCUGUUAGUUAUUUGUUAUCUUGUAAGACUUGCAUAAGGGUGGUGGAGUGCUUUUUCUGUAUGUGUAACCCUUGUUGUGACAAUGAGAGGUUAAGUAAUACUAUCAUUCAUUGGAACUGCCAAAUACACUGGAGACUGCAGGGCUUUAAUUUAUCUUCUUGGUGGUGAAACUGACAUUUCAUUAAUAAAUAUUGUCUUUUUUUUGCAUUUGG